AGUAAAAAUCACUUGGGAUUACUAGAUGACUUUCUGGAAAUGGAGAGACUUGCAGCUAAUGAUGUUGAUGGAUCCAUCUCUAUUUCAACUAAUCCAAGUAACUCCAGAAAUUUGCAUGCAGAAUUUGAAGUUUCAGUCAGUGGUGAUCUUGUCACUGAACAGCAACCUGGAGUUGAUUCAAAUGAAGAACAGGAUCUUUCUAAUGUAGAAUCCUCAGAGAAAGAGGUUGAAACUGGUGCAGAGUAUCUGCCCUUGUUCAAGCUCCGAUCAAGAAUUUAUAAGAUAUUUGAGUCUCAAAUUCUGGACUCUGAUAUUGAGAAAAUUGUUGAGGAUAUUAAAUGUGCAAUCCAGGAAAUACAAAGUUCAUCUCAGCAGUCUCUCUCUUCUAUCCCUGAGGUACCUCACAAAGAUAUUGUCUUUUCCAGUGAACAGCCUUGCAUUCACUAUUCUGGUCAAACCAGAGAGAACCAGAUAUCAGUUAGUCAAGACAGGGAACCUGGUACCAACAUGAACAACAUUUUGACGACAAAUUUGGCAUCUGCUAUUUCCCGUAUUCAUAAAUUUGUUUUAUCACUUGUCAGGGAAGCAAUUCUUCUUCAGGAUACUUCCAGUGGGAGUGGAUUGAGUGAAAUAGAUGAUUUCUCUACUUCUGUUCAUAAAUUCACCUGCAGCGAAAGGGGUUUGGUUGAUUUUGUUCUGAAACUUUCUCAUGUUCUAUACAAAGUGACUGAUAUGAAUUUUUUGGUUCUCGGUUUUAAUAACGGAAGUAGAGACGUUACUGGUGGUGAGUAUAUCGACAAAGUUACUUUACUUGAAAAUAAGGUUGUUCAGAAUGACUCAUCUAAGAAGACAUACAGUAAUGAAUAUCACCAGGAUUUCCAGUCCUGUUCUGAUGCAGAGGUUGCUCAAGAUGGAAAGAUAGGCCCUGGCUCUAUCUCGAACUUGACAUCGUGCAAUUUCAUGGAAAAGUUGGAGCUGCUGAAGUUAGAGAAAGAUAAUAUGGGAAUGGCUCUGGCCAUAUGCACUCAAAAGCUUGACAACACAAAGUUGCAGGUACAGGAAAAAGAACAGCUCCUGACAGAAUUAAAAGUACGAUUGGCUUCCUCUCAAAAACUCUAUAGUUUGGCAGAAACAAAACUAAAAUGCAUGACAGAGUCUUACAAGUCACUUGAAGUCUGUACCCAGGAGUUAGAAGCUGAGGUAAACCUUUUGCGAGAAAAGAAACAGAAAUUGGAGAUUGAGCUAUCAGAAGAGAAGCACAGCCAUCAGCAUGCUCUUGCCAGAUGUGCUGACCUUCAAGACAAAAUUCAAAGGAACAAGACCUCCACAAAGUGUUCUUCUCUGUCUGAAGCCCAUUCUGACCUCAAGGCCAAACAGGAAAGAGAGAGAGCAGAUGCGGCAGAGAAGCUUGCAGCCUGUCAAGAGACUAUAUACCUUCUUGGCAAGCAAUUGCAAGCUCUGCACCCUCACACAGAUAUUGGCAGGUCUCAAUAUAGUGUGAAGCUUCAGAUGGAUGGAAAUUCAAGAGAUGGUAAACCAAAUUAUAAAUGCUCAUCAAAGUCUCAAGAAAUCCAUUUUUCGAAUGAGUUUGAUACAGGUGAGAUGGACAGUGUUGCUUCUACUGAUAUGCAAUGGGUGAGUGAGGAGUCAGUGCAGUAUUGCAAUUCGACAUCAAGCCCAUCUGAUUUUGAGGCAAUUCAUUCAUUUAGAUCUCCAGUGAGCUCAACACGCCCUAAUCACACACUGACAAAGUCAAGUUCAUCUUCCUCUUCAUCUGCUCUGGAGGAAGAGAAAAUUUCUCAUGGGAUCAGCCGCUUUUUUUCCUUGAAAGGGAAGAAUGAGCACUAACUCCUUUCUAAGGCAUUGCAAAAUCCAUGAGGGGUAGGGUCACGGUGGCUUUGUUCGUAUUAUACAUAUCUACGGCUUCUGAUUUCCUCUAGGUAAUUUCUUCAUUCCAGAUAAUAUCCUCAUUGUCUUUGUAUACAUCCAGAUGUAUAUGUUAUAAAAUGGAAA